AUGUUUAUGAAGAUCUUAACAUUUUUUGCCAUUUUCAUUGGGAAAUGUGACCAACGCUCAAUGAUAUUAACAAAUUGGUUUGGAAAUGGAGUGCGAAAUGUUCGUUAUAUGACAGUUGCAAAUAAUUUUAUCGAUACUAAAGGCAAUUACGUUGCGAAUAAGUCUAAUCCACGACAAGAAAGGUCGAAAACGAUUUAUGACUGUGUUGACAUAAUGGGAACGAUAAGAAAACAUGGCGAACAAUACGAAAGACCUAAUGGAAGAUUCAAAUAUCGCUGCAAUAACGGCGAGUGCAGACCAAUCAACUGGUCAAUAACCACAUGGUUGGUAUUGAUCAUGCUCUUUUGGGCAAGAUCUCGACAAAGAAAUAUCCAUAAAAUAUGGAUUUCAGCUUGUAUAGGUUCAGAACGAAAUGGUAAAGCAUUAAUCAAAAUUGGGAACACACUGGAUAAGGAUGGUUUCUGGUACAAAUGUGCAUAUUUUCCCGAAAAUCAAACUGGUAUUUAUACUGAAGGUAAGCUUUUAGAGGCGAUUUGUGCUGUUUGCAUAAAGAAUAAUCACGUUUUCAAAGAAGGAGAACGUUAUGCAGCGAACCAUUUGCACUAUGAAUGUAAGGCUGGAACACCAUUGAUCACUGGAUGUUAUACCAAUGAGAAUCGAAAAAUGCAAGUUGGCGAAGAUAUCAUUGAGAAAAAUAUGGUUUAUAGAUGUUAUAGGCUGAAUAGUUUGAUCCAUUAUGAAGAAUAUGCAUGCGGAUUUCGGGGAACACCUUCUUGCAAGCCAGAACCAAUACAAAGUGAACCAAACAAUCUGAUAAAUUUUAAUCGUAGUUUCAACUCGUUUAGCAUAGCCCAGCUAACUCAAAGAACGGGAGAGGACAAAAUUGUUGCUGGAUCUAGUUCAAUUUCACUUGUUCCAGUUAUUUCCGCCAUUGGAUAA